GUUUGUUCCUAAAAUACUUCAGCGUUGUAGGUGUCAAGUUUAUCGGCAUGUUUGCAGCAGUAUGUACACGGGGAAGAGUCCAAGAUGUGAGCAUGAUACGAAGGAAUGUGUAGUUUCGGUGGAGAAAGUUGUGUCUUAGUUGUGGGGCUGCCCAUGGGGCUGGAGAUCAGAGGUGUCCGGUGAAAGAAAGGCAUGUUGAGGUUGCUAGGGUCAGGUAGUACAGAAAGUGUCGUAUGCUGAAGCAGUGUAGAGAGAGGUAGAGGAAGAUGGGUACAGGGUGAGGAUUCACUGUGAGUAGGCAGAGACUAAAAGAGAGAGUGACCGGAAGAAGAAGCGGUGUGGCAAAUCUCAAAUCGUUGCGCUUCGCCUUGUUGGCCACCAAGCGUCAUGAUGAGUUUAAAGCGAAAGGGAAACACAGGGUUGAGCCACACACAGCCGAGCAGAGAGAGAGAGUCGUUCCUGCGAAGGUAACCAUGGCAAUGAUGGGCCAGAGUUCCUGCUCCUCGAUGAGUAACCACACCAAGGAGCGCGUGACCAUGGCCAAAGUAACCCUGGAGAACUUCUACAGCAACCUUAUCGCCCAACACGAGGAGAGAGAGAUGAGGCAGCAGAAGUUGGAAAAGGUGAUGGACCAAGAGGGCUUGGUUGAUGAAGAGAAGUGUAUCCGGCGUUCUCAGCACGCCAGGAAAGAGACAGACUUCCUGCGUCUCAAACGAACCCGCCUGGGCCUGGAGGACUUUGAGUCCCUCAAGGUGAUUGGCCGAGGAGCUUUUGGAGAGGUGCGUCUGGUGCAGAAAAAGGACACAGGCCAUGUGUACGCUAUGAAGAUCCUCCGUAAGGCUGACAUGCUGGAGAAGGAACAGGUGGGUCACAUCCGUGCCGAGCGAGACAUUCUGGUGGAGGCAGACAGCCUGUGGGUGGUCAAGAUGUUCUAUAGCUUCCAGGACAAGAUGAACCUCUACCUCAUCAUGGAGUUCCUGCCUGGCGGUGACAUGAUGACCCUGCUCAUGAAGAAGGAUACUCUGACUGAGGAGGCCACUCAGUUCUACAUCGCUGAGACAGUGAUAGCCAUUGACUCCAUCCACCAACUAGGCUUCAUCCACAGAGACAUCAAACCUGACAACCUGCUACUAGACUCCAGGGGCCAUGUGAAGCUGUCUGACUUUGGUUUAUGCACGGGUCUGAAGAGGGCCCAUCGUACAGAGUUCUACAAGAACCUCAACCACAGCCUCCCCAGUGACUUCAGUAAGCAAACAUUCAAUAACAUGAACUCAAAGAGGAAAGCAGAGACAUGGAAGAGGAACAGGAGACAGCUGGCCUUCUCUACUGUGGGCACCCCUGACUACAUCGCCCCAGAAGUCUUCAUGCAGAACGGAUACAACAAGCUCUGUGAUUGGUGGAGCCUGGGAGUCAUCAUGUAUGAGAUGCUGAUAGGCUAUCCCCCGUUCUGCUCGGAGACCCCCCAGGAGACCUACAGGAAGGUGAUGAACUGGCGGGAAACACUGACCUUUCCCCCGGAAGUGCCCAUCUCCGAGAAGGCCAAGGACCUCAUCCUCAGGUUUUGCUGCGAAGAGGAGCACAGGAUUGGAGCGACGGGGGUGGAGGACAUCAAGGGCAACGCCUUCUUCGAAGGGGUGGACUACGACCACAUCAGAGAGAGGCCCGCUGCCAUUCCCAUCCAGAUCAAAAGCAUCGACGACACGUCCAACUUUGACGAGUUCCCAGACUCCGAUAUCCUCCAGCCAACAGCUGCCCCUGUGGUGUCUAACCAUUCUGAGGCAGACCUGAAGAACAAGGACUGGGUCUUCAUCAACUAUACCUACAAGCGCUUCGAGGGCCUCACAGCCCGAGGGACCAUCCCCUCCUACAUGAAGACAGGGAAGAGAUGAAUAAUUUCUUUGUUCACUCACUCUACCUGCCCCUCAGACUGGCAUUCAAAAGGAAUACACCAUGGAGCCCAGCGACCACUCCUCUAGCUCCAAACUCCAAAAGAAACUAAAUUAGCCUUGUUUUGGGCCCUUCCUGCUGAAGGGACGUUCCUCCUUCCCUUGCAUGGGACUUGUUGAAGGGCUCUGUGUAGAGAAGUGUGGCCUACUCCAACUCUAGUCUGUGUCGAUCUAAAAAAAAAAAAAAGCCAGUAUAGUGCUGGAAGAUAUGGAUGGUGUUCCCAUUACACUGUCUGCAAGCUCAAUUCUUCAUGGCAUAAUUGUUUUUCUACAUGGAAACUCACAUGCUGUUCCACCCCAGUAUUGAAUUUCCCAUAGCUUUCUUAAAAGUGGGAUCCACCGAAGAGCAGUCUUGGAGAUGUUAUUGCCUUAGUUUGGGGAACAUCUCUCAUAGAUCUCCACUAGCAUCGGUCCAACUCGGCCAAGACUGAUUCUCUAUGCUUCAUUAUUCCACAGGAACGAACCAAGAUACCAGCAUAACCGGUCACCCUAGGGGCCAGAGCCCGUUGUCACACCAGCGGACCACACUCAACCGGCUAUACCCGCAUUCCCCCCCCCCCCCCCCCCCCCCCGUCAUAAACGGGCUUUGAAGUCUUAGCAGAGCGGCCAAUUAUCAAGGGACUGGGAUCCAAUAUGUCUCGCUUUUCUGUCAAAGGGCUAGCUUUACUCUCUUCAGUCCUUUUUCAACGAGAGAAAAAUGUUGCUCCACACAAUUGAAUUCUCCAUCUUUAGAAAUGAGUUCCCCCUAUUAAAAUCAUUAGAAAUGGAGUGUCAUUUGAUGGGAACUAAUGAGUUUUUAGUGAGCUCUCUGAAGCAUCUUGGGUGCUUGUGCUUCCGACAGGUUGCCUGUUGCAACAAGACAACUCUUAACCAAAGACGCUGAGAUUAUUAUUUUAGGGUUUCAAUGUAAUUGCUUUGUCCCCAUGUAAUUGUCACUUCAAUACCAUCAAUGGUAGAGCUGUUUUUAUACAUGGAUUUAUGCAAGUGUUUAUAGCAAUAGAAUCACCUCUGGAAUAUGAUUCCAUUUGAAAUGGAACUACACCUCCCAGAAGCCCACUUGUUUAGAUUCAUUCUUGAUUUGACAAUCAUCCACUUUUGAAGGGUAGCAUUCAUGCUGUCCUGAGUUUAUUAUUCGCCAAUAAUCUGUUAUAGCUCUAACUUUUUCUGGAUAUGCAUGUCCUUUAGCUAGAGCGCACAGUCAAAUGCAAAACUUUGCGCCUACCGACCAUUUCUUUGGUUUACUUUUCAAUGGACCUUUUGUGGUAGGGGAGCUAGAAGUAAGGCCAAGACAUCAAUCUUCUGUUUGUUCUCUCGUUCAUUUUUUUUUACUUCCUGACCAUUGGUCUGUAGGGGCUUGGUAGGUGAGGUGGCAGGCAGCGCAAGUUGGUUCAGUGGAGCUGGAAGGAACGGGGAAUAGAAAAGGAGCACCUUUUUAGAUUGAGUGACACUCAGGGUCUGUAUACUCUGACCCCAGGUUUGGAUCAUUCACGUCACCUUUCACUUCCUGUCUUGUCUAUAGUUUCCUCUUGCUGUCGCUUGUUUUUUUUUCUUAGCAACUGAGCUUUGAGUAACAUUUUAAACAUUGCAUUUGUCUGAAGUUUUGUCAAGGAUAUGUCACCUGGAAGUUCCUUACUUUUCAAGAGGUGUGAGGGAGAAACUCUGACCUUAACUCUACCCAGGGCUAUAUGUGACUGUCCUUAAAACAAAAUCCCAAAUGCUGUGUCAUUUGAAUUGAAUGUAAUCCCAAGGUGUAGUGGCAGAUUAAUUUCAUGCCAUGUUAAUUCCAAAAUGCUGAAUGUAGCCAAAGCCACCAUUUAGUGGUAGGUUUCUGUCACACAGGGAAGAUGUCAUCUGGUCUUUUCUUAAAUCCCUGUAUGGUGUUCUGGGUAGUUUAGAGUACUUGCUGAAAUUGAAUAGCCAGAUUAUAAUUUAUUUUUUACAACUGAGCGACAGCUGGUUUGAGACUGGUCUCUAACAUUUUACUGAUGCUUGAUGUCCAAAUGAUUCUGUAAUGCUGGGUUUAAAAACUAUUUGGGCGGAUGAGGUGGGAAAGUGCAUAUGAGUUUUUAAAUAAUUGUAUUAAUUUAUGCUGCUUGGUGUGUGUGUGAUUUGCUUGUCUUCAGAGGAAUGGUUGAUAUGCUCAGUAAAAAUGAUGUUUGAUUAACCCA